AACCCCAUUUCAUUGGGAUAUUGGUUAGGCCUUAACAAGUUUAGUUCUUUGGCUCAGAUUGUGGGAAGAAGAAAAAAGAGCAUGAGGGUUUUAGAAGGGUUUAAGGUUUAGCUUUAAUUUUUCAUUUGAUUUCAAUCACCGUCUCUUAUGAACCUCUCAUGAUUGCUCGCCAAUUCCGUUAUCUCACCAACCAUAGGUCAACAUUCUUGAAAAACUUGCACUCAUCUAAAUAUGUUCACCACUUGCUCGACGAAAUUCCUCACUCAAACCCAACCCCCUUUUACCCUGUUAAUCUCCCCUUCGACGCCUUUAGAAGGUUUAAAUUACUCCUUAAAUCUUCCCAAUUUAAUGCCAUCGAUGAAGUUACACUGGCUUUGGCUCUCAAGGGAUCGUGCGGUGAUUCAAAACAGGGGGUCCAGAUUCACAAAUUUGCUGUCACCUCCGGUCUCAUGUCCUUCGUUACUGUUCCAAAUUCACUAAUGAAUAUGUAUUCUAAAUCUGGGCAGUUUGAUAAGGCUUUGUGCGUCUUUGAGGGCUUAAAUGAUCCCGAUGUAGUUUCCUGGAAUACUUUGCUUUCUGGUUUUCAAAAAAGUGAACAAGCCUUGAAUUUUGUUUUGAGAAUGAAUCUGAAUGGAGUUGCUUUCGAUGCUGUAACUUGUACCACUGCCCUUUCUUUCUGUUUGGACCUCGAAGGCUUUCUUUUAGGGUUGCAGUUGCAUGCUCUUGUAAUGAAAUCUGGAUUAGAUAACGAGGUGUUUGUGGGAAAUGCCCUUAUAACUAUGUAUGCAAGGUGGAAGCGUUUAGAGGAAGCUCGAAGGAUAUUUGAUGAGAUGCCAAAUAAAGAUUUGGUUUCAUGGAAUGCGAUCCUUUCGGGGUAUAGCCAGGACGAUGGUUAUGGGUUAGAAGCAAUUUGCACAUUUAUUGAAAUGGUGAAACAAAGAAUGAAGCUUGAUAAUGUAUCAUUUACUGGUGCAGUUUCAGCUUGCAGUCAUCAGAGGAACUUAGACGUGGGAAGACAGAUUCAUGGUCUCUGUAUAAAAAGAGGGUACGGUACACAUGUUUCUGUUUGUAAUGUUUUGAUGUCAAUGUAUGCAAAGUGUGAGGUUGUUGAAGAUGCAAAAUUGGUAUUCAGAAGAAUGAAUGAGCGGAACGUGAUCUCAUGGACUACAAUGAUUUCUGUUGAUGAAAAAGAUGCAUUACACCACUUCAAUGAAAUGCGAUCAGAUUCUGUUUAUCCUAAUGAUGUUACAUAUGUUGGAUUGAUCCAUGCCAUAACCACUGGGAAAUUAGUGGAAGAAGGCCGAAUGGUUCAUGCGUGUUGUGUAAAGGGUAACUUCUUGUUAGAAUCAAAUGUUUGCAACAGCCUUAUCACCAUGUAUGCUAAGUUUGAGUUGAUACAAGACUCUAUUAAGGUUUUUGAGGAACUCGAAUCUAAAGAGAUUGUCUCAUGGAAUGCUUUAAUUUCGGGAUAUGUUCAAAAUGGAAUGUUGACAGAAGCUUUGAGGACAUUUUUGUCAGCAGCUCGAGAAUGUAAGCCAAAUCAAUACACAUUUGGUAGUGUCUUGAAUGCAAUUGGUUCUUGUGAACAUGUAUCUCUAAAACAUGGUCAGUGGUGCCACCUACAUCUAAUAAAGGUUGGAUUGAAUACUGAUCCUAUAAUUUCCAAUGGUCUGCUCGAUAUGUAUGCAAAACGUGGGAGCAUUUCUGAGGCUCAAAAAGUUUUCAGUGAGAUUCCUCAAAAGAGCCAGUUUGCUUGGACAUCACUUAUAUCUGCUCAUGCAAGGCAUGGAAACUAUGGUUCAGUGAUGGCUUCAUUCAAAGAGAUGAAAAGGGAAGGAGUGAAACCUGACUCAAUUACCUUUCUUUCCAUACUAACAGCUUGUGGCAGAAACGGAAUGGUUGAUAUUGGUGGACAACUCUUUGACUCAAUGCUGAGAGAGUAUCAGAUUGAACCAUCCUCGGAGCAUUAUUCUUGUAUGGUGGAUAUGUUGGGCCGUGCAGGUAGAUUGGAAGAGGCGGAGAAGCUAAUGGGCUGCACUCCUGGAGGGCCAGGAUUGUCUAUGAUGCAAAGCUUCCUGGGGGCAUGCACAAUACAUGGAAAUCUAGAGAUGGGUGAGAGGGUAGCUGAUACUUUGAUGGAAAUGGAGCCAAAUGAGUCGGGUCCGUAUGUGUUGAUGUCAAACUUGUAUGCUGAGAAGGGGAAGUGGGAGAAGGUAGCGAAAGUGAGGAAAAUGAUGAGACAGAGGGGAGUGAGGAAAGAAGUGGGGUUUAGUUGGGUGGAUGUUGGUGACAUCAAGAGUUCGAUGUCUUUGCAUGGGUUCUCCUCAGGAGACCGAUCCCAUCCGCGGUCUGAAGAGAUAUGCAACAUGGCAGAAUGCCUGGGAUUACAAAUGAAACUUUUGAGAGAGAAAAACAGGCAGAGAAUAUAUGGCAAUGCCAAUGACAUUAUAACAUGAGCCAUUGGGGAAUCCUUUUUUGUACUUGCACUAGUUCUUAAUGUCUUCUCUUCUUGUGUAUUCUUCGAAGAGAAUAUUAUUUGCUUACAUUUGAACUGACCAAACUACAUGUAUUCCAGCUCUUGCAUGAAAACAGAAUACACUUGCCGACCGGAUUCUUUCAAUCCA